GCUGGCGCGCGCAUGAGCUCAAGUAGCUGAUGAAAUGACUCGCGAAUACGACAAAAAAUGAAAGAAAAAAAAGAACACACCCAUCGCCGCCGUCACUCCAACCACCACCACGACCACCAGCAACAACAGUAAUAACCCUAUCAUCAACAAGGAGUAGUCAAGGACACGCCCAACUAAAAAGACCCCUAAUUUAGAGAGCUGCCCUACUUUUCUUUCAGAGAAAGGAAGAGGCCGGAGGAUAGGAGGAAUGAAAAGGCUAGCUGGACGUAGUUAAAAAAGGAUGUUGAUGCAAGGAGGAAUAGGGGGAUCAUUUACUAGUUCAAGGUGCCAAGAUUGUGGGAACCAAGCCAAGAAGGAGUGUGUGUACUUGAGGUGCAGGACUUGCUGUAGAAACAAAGGGUUUCAGUGCCAAACACACGUUAGGAGCACCUGGAUCCCUUUGUAUAGAAGGCGCCAGAGGCAGCAACAGCUUGCGGCAGCUGUUCUUCCGCAACACCUUCGAGUUCGAGGACAUAACCCUAAAAGGCAAAGUCAAAUCACAUCUUCCGGGUCCGAAGAGGCAAAUUUCCCAGCUGAAGUGCACCUCCGGGCGGCAUUCUUUUGCGUCCGGCUGGGCUCAGUGAACGAUGCAGCUGAAGAUCAGUACGCAUACCAGACAGCCGUGAGCAUUGGAGGGCAUUUAUUUAAGGGUAUUCUCUACGAUCAAGGCCCUGAUCAUGAAAGCAAUUGCACUGCCGGCGAAGGCUCCUCUCUUGCACCUCAACCGCCUAAGCUUCUCAAUGCUGCUGAUCUAGCCAAUAUCACUACCAAUCCAGCUUACACGGAGACAUUACAUCCUCCUAUAUUUCCCUUUCCCUUUACUACUACUUUCAUGCCGGAUGAUUAUCCAAUAUUCAAUGCUCAUCAUCAUGUCGCGCAUGAUCGAUCAUGAUUUAUCCAUCGAUCAG